GCUAAGCUCACCCAGUCAUAGGAGACCUUAUUAUGAAUGCGAUAUUGACUAGUGUGGGAGGCCCGAAUCGAGAUAGGUACGUAAACAGCUAUGAGGCUAUUUAUAUCUAGGUGCAGAGGCAUCAUAUAAGCUCUGGCCGUGGUGGAAAUUUUUGGAGAAGAAUUUUCGUAGCCAUUCCCGCCUCGUUGUCGCUAUCAUGAAGAUUCGAAGCUCCCUGGCCGCGGUUGCGGCGGCAUCGAUUGCGCUUUUCGAAGUCGCACAGGCGCACUGCUACAUAUAUGUGAGUAGAAAGUCCGUCUACGUCAACGGCGUUGAUAGCGGUACUUUCUCCGGAAUCCGCACGCCCGCAUACAACGGACCACCGCCUUACGGGUUUGCCAAUGGCCCAGUCAAGGAUCUAGAUUCUAUUGACAUGCGAUGCAAUGUGCUUGGCGACCAACAAGUCUCGCACACGAUUCAGGUCAAGCCUGGCGACAACGUGACAAUGGAAUGGCAUCACGAGGCGCGCACCGCCACGGACGACAUCAUUGCGUCCUCGCAUCACGGCCCGGCAAUGGUCUACCUAAGCCCAGACCCGCCGACCGAUAACUCGUUCGUUAAGAUAUGGGAAGAAGGAAAAUUCGCCGAAGGAGAAGGCCCGCGUGCACCGGGUAAGUGGGCUACUACAGCGGAUAUUGCCGCCAAUGGUGGUAGGAUGAACGUGAGGAUUCCUAAGGGGCUCAAGGCCGGCUUCUAUCUCAUCCGGGCCGAGAUGAUCGGACUCCACGAAGCCGACGCUAGCUACCAGAAGAACCCAAUUCGCGGCGCGCAGUUCUACCCUAACUGUGUUCAAGUCGAGGUCCUUGGCGAUGGAGACGUGGAACUACCCGAGGGUGUGAGCUUCCCAGGAGCAUACAAGUGGGAUGAUCCUGGUGUUGUCUACGAUGUCUACUGUUCAACUAAAACCACCACCACCGCGCCCUGCACUACAACAUACCAAAUCCCUGGGCCUACGGUGUGGUCCGGUGCAUGGCCCGACACACCGUCCGUUGAAGUUGGAGCUAUGACGGGCGCUACGAAGGUUACGAGUUGGGACACGUGGAUCGUGAAAUCCGUUAUUACAUCAGCAUCGGCUGGACAAGUCGUGGGGACGUCGACUUAUGAGGCUAAGUGGUCAUCUACCUACCACGCACCAACACCAACUGCGUAAUUGAGACGAAGUCCAUGGGUUAUAUUGGUAGAUAGACAUUAUGUAUUAUGUGGGUGAUAGUAAGUAGGGGUAUAAUAUCACUAAGUGA